GACCAAGCUCCCCGCAAAACGGAUAAUCAAGAAGAGAGAAGUGCAGGGCGAGGCCAAGUGCUUGGAAGCGACUUGCUGGUCAAUGCUACUCCGAAGGCUGCUUCUCCAUACCUCGAGACACGUCCGACCAACAAUGGCAAGCUCGAGAAGCAGCAGUGGCAGCAGUGGCAGCAGUGGCAGCAGUGGCAGCAGUGGCAGCACCGAUACAUUCGGCCCUCUCACCGGUCCGAAGGGAACAUGGCCCAAUGACGCCAAGACUGGACCAAAGGGCAAGCCCAUGACGCCUGUCCCCUCGGCCUCGCUCAUCGUAUUGUGCCCCGUCUCGUCAAGAGGCCGGCAAGAAUACGCCACGCUGACGGUGCAGCGGAGUGCGCGAGACGGAUCUUCGUUUCGCUCUGCAAUCGUCUUUCCCGGGGGUGUACUGGACCUCGCCGAUGAGGACGCCAUCAAGCGCCAGGCUGCUGGAAGCCUGUCGCCAUGCACCAACACAGGAGCAAAGGACGAGGAGGAUGCCGUGUACUGGCAAUCGCUCCGCCUCUGUGCGCUGCGCGAGACAUUUGAAGAGACGGGGCUCGUCUUGCUUGCUGCCGAUGGACCCUCGCAAGGUCUUCCUCGAAGCAGAGCAGUAGGGCCUACCGAGGCAGGCAUUGACAGGCAGGAGUGGGCGCGGAUCAGAGAGGAGGUUCACAACGAUGCCAGGGCUUUCACACCUUUCCUUGCUCGUAUUGCGUCGUCUCUCUCUGGAAGCGACGUCGAGUCACUGUUGCCGCCCCUCGCGCCCAUGUACCACCACUCCAACUGGGUGACGCCUCGCUCCAUCAUCCGUCCCGCCAAGCGCUUCGAUGCCCACUUCUUUCUCACCGUCCUCGACAAGGCCGAUGUGCUGGGUCCCCUGACCUCAUCGCCACAGGGUGCCGACAGCAGCAAGACCUCCAAUCUGCUCAAUCUGUCGGCAGACGGCACCGAGACACUCAGCCUGCGACUCGCGACGCCACAGGAGCUCGUCGAUCUGGGCUGCAGCGACAAGGUCGUCAUGUUCCCCCCUCAGUUCUAUAUCCUGUCGGACCUUGCAGCCUCUCUCCGUUCGCCCGAUCCACUCGCAUCUGUUCGCCCACUCAUCUUCCGCCGGCCUGAGCAGUCCUCCCCAGCGUCUUCCUCGUCUUCUCCCGCCACGACCGUGGAGGAGGAGCCGCGGGGUCUGGGCGGCAAGAACUACAACUGGGAUCGAAUGCCUUCGAACCCGCCUGCGCUGAGCUGGGUGUCGGACAAGCUUCCACCCCUGUCUUCGUCGUCCAGUGGCCGACAGGACGAGGGUCGGCUCAGCGUGACGAGCGUCAUGCCCCGCGCGCUGCCGGGAAGCGGCACCAAUGUGAACCUGUCGAGCUUCAGCUGGCGCAAGGACGAUGCCACCAACACGACGGAGGCAAGCGGCCGCGAACAGAAGAAGGACAACGAGGACGAGGAAGCAGAAGAGGAGGGCGAAGAGUCCUUUGUCUUUCCUCUGGUCCUUCCUGGCGACUUUCUUGCGUCCAAGCUCCAAAAGAGGGCCCUCUGGCCCCCGCAGGCUCCCUCGUCAUCGACGACACAGAGCCAGGUGGAAGCCAAAGGAGAUGUGCCCCUCAACAGGGUCUAUGUCUCUCCCCGGUCCAAAAAGGACGGUGGGGGGCUCGUCAUCAUUGGCUCAGUCCGGCGCGGUCAAGCAGGGCUCAUGGACUUUGAAGAGGGCAGGAAGCUCGAUGUCAUUGGAAACAUUGAGGAGCUCGAAGAGGAUGAUGAUGAAGAAGAAGACGACGAAGAGGAGGGAAGCCCUCGCUCCAAACUCUAGAUUGUCAUUCCGCUUUGCACAUAUAAUGCUCCUCAAUUUGAAAAGGGAAUUUGCUCAGCCUACAAUGUUGCUGGACUAGGCGAGGGAUACGCUGAGCGGAUCUUGGCCUUUCUUGAUUGACUCCAGCGAAGGCAUUCGGUCCGUGCGCAUCAGCUCGGCGCUGUGCACCAUGAGCGGGUCCACGCCCAUGCUGAGGUGGCGAUGGGGUAGUCAGUGUCUGCGAAUUUCUACACCGGUCAAAGGCACUCACGUCGCCACAGCAUUGACCUUGCCCUUUUUGGCAUAGAAGGCGGCAAACUUGAGCUCCUCUGGCUUGCCAUCUACGUAGCAUUCGUCAAAGCCAGGCGGGUUGCCAUCCGAGACGUAGCGAAGCUGGCUGCCGAG